AUGGGCAAGCAGGUCAAGCUCUUCACGCCCUGGAAGUUCGCUCAGUACGAUAUCGGCGACGACAUCAGCCGUGACGACCUUGAGUGGGUGACUAAAGGCCUGCUCGAUAUGUUCCAUGGGAAUUUAGGUGAAUGGAAGCGCAUCGAGCACGCCGAGGAAAACUGGGACACUAUCGGUUGGGAGUCGAAGCUCAACAUCGGCGAGGCCUGCACCGAGUUUGCCUUUCGGUGGAUCGUGCCGCUGUACUUCCGAGCCGAUACGGCCAAGCAGUUUGCCGUCCAGCGGAGCUACGCCUACAGCGGCUGCGGCUGGUGGCACGUCAAGCAGAACAUCAGCGUCGUCGCCGCCAUGGUUGACGCCGCCACUAGGAGCGGCCAUGGCAGAACUGUCGAAAAGUAUCAGGAUGAGACUUGCAGCUCCUGCGGCGCUGGUUGGAACCGAGGACCCAAUGCCGUCUUCGUCACGGGCAUGGGAAUGGACCAUAAUGCCAGCGACUGGGAGACGAUGCGUGAAGUCCUCCAAGGCAAAGCGUACUACAACAUGGACAACGGGAGAACCUACUGGGACCCAGACCAGAUGGCCCAGCAGAAGGCGUCCUACGAAGCCAACAAGGCAGCGCGUGAAGCCAAGGAGAUGGCAGCACAAGAGGAAGAGGAGAAGCAAAUCCAGCGCGUGUCCAAGAUCCUCUUGGCCUGCGAGGGCAUCGACUACGACACGCGUGAGUACAAGCAGGACGAACAAACACCUGUGCCGUUUGGCAAGGCCAUUCUCUCGGGCGAUAUCGACAAGGAUGAUAUGAAGAAGCUGGCCCAGUACGUAAAGGACAAGCGGAACGACGAGUCCUCGCUGUGGACGCACAUGCUCGAGGGGUUCGACGGCUUCCAGUACGCCUGCAAUUUGUGGUCCGAGAUUCACGGCUGGGCUUGCUCGGCACUCGGCCUUCUCGGAAUGGAUGACUUCAAAGAUGAAUAUUUUGACAUGAUAAAGGGCAUGAUCAAGGAUGCAGACUUGGAUCAGUAA